AUGGAGAUACAAAGUGCAAAGAGAGGGAGAGACAAGCACUGCUCAGGUUCAAACAAGGCCUUAAAGAUGAGAAUGUCAUGUUGUUCACAUGGAAAGACGGUCCAACUGCAGAUUGUUGCAAAUGGGAAAUGCAACAACCAAACUGGUUAUGUUCAAAGUCUUGAUCUGCAUCGUUCGGAAACAAACUAUUUGAGUGGUGAAAUAAAUUCUUCACUAACUGAGCUGCAACAUCUAAAAUAUCUAGACCUCAGUUAUUUGCAUACUAGUGGUCAAAUCCCAAAAUUUAUUGGCUCCUUCAGCAAGUUACAAUACCUCAAUCUCUCAACAGGUCAUUAUGAUGGGAAGAUUCCUUCUCAACUUGGAAAUCUCUCACAAUUGCAACACCUUGAUCUUAGCAACAAUGAACUCAUUGGAGCAAUCCCUUUCCAACUCGGAAAUCUUUCAUCGUUGGAGUCUCUUUCUAGAAGGCAAGGAUUACUAAUCUUAAGCCUUCCAUCAAAUAGCUUCAAUGGUGCAUUGCCUUUAUGGAUUGGAGACAGUCUACAAGGAUCACUAAUCUUAAGCCUUCGAUCUAACAGCUUCAAUGGAAGUCUAGCUUCAAAUCUCUGUUAUUUGAGAGAACUUCAAGUAUUAGAUCUGUCACUAAAUAGCUUCUCAGGAGGAAUUCCAUCAUGUGUUAAGAAUUUUACUUCAAUGACUAAGGAUACCGUCAGCUUAACUGUAGGGUUGGAUCAUUAUCUACUUUUCACCCAUUAUGGCCCUUUUAUGAUAAACUACGAGAUCGACCUGUCCAUGGUGUGGAAAGGUGUAAACCAACGUUACAAAAAUGCUGAUAGGUUUUUAAAAACCAUUGAUCUCUCAAGCAACCAUCUUACGGGGGAAAUACCAACUGAAAUGAAGCGCUUAUUUGGAUUGAUUGCCUUAAAUUUGUCAAGGAACAAUCUCAGCGUGGAAAUCAUUUCAAACAUAGGAAACUUCAAAUCACUCGAAUUUCUUGAUCUGUCAAGAAAUCGUCUUUCAGGUAGAAUUCCUUCCAGUCUAGCUCACAUUGAUCGUCUUGCUAUGUUGGAUUUGUCACACAAUCAACUCUAUGGAAAAAUUCCAAUUGGAACACAGUUGCAGACCUUUAAUGCUUCAAGUUUUGAUGGAAAUUCCAACCUUUGUGGAGAUCCCCUUGAUAGAAAAUGUCCAGGAGAAGAGCAAUCAAAACCACAAGUGCCAACAACUGAUGUAGGAGAUGACAAUUCAAUAUUUCUGGAAGCAUUCUACAUGAGCAUGGGGCUAGGAUUCUUCACUGGUUUCGUUGGCUUGGUAGGCAGUUAG